UUGACCUUUAAACUUUGGUAUGUGCUUAUUCUUCGUGUCUUUUCAUCCAUCGCUGCUGGCCUAGCCUGUUUUAGCUGUGACGUUGUUUUUACAGUUUUACAGUUGUCAAUGAUACAAAUUCUAUAAAUAGACUUCAUGAAAUAAGAACACAUUGACUUUAAAUUGAUUACUUGAUAAGAAUUUGAUUUGCAAGCGAGAAUGGAUUCAUUGUUCAGAACACCAAAAAUUAGUCUCAAGACUCUGACAGACUUUUCACAAAUGCAAUGACCCCAAAGGAAAACGAGGGCAAACGUAUUGGCCAGUUGUCCGCCUUUGCCUUAUGUACUGGAAUGUCUCUUGGACCCCUUCUGAAUGCUGUCAUCAACAUUGACCCCAGUAUUGUGGUGACUGCCCUCAUGGGCACUGUCGUGAUAUUCGUCAGUCUCAGCCUGUGUGCCCUUUACACCCAGCAACGAUACUGGCUCUUCAUUGGAGGAAGCCUUAUGUCUAUGCUGUCCAUGAUGCUGGUGUUGAGCAUCCUCAACCUGUUCCUUCGCUCGGCCAUCAUCUUCAGGUUUGAGAUGUAUUUUGGUCUUUUCGUGUUCUGUGGGUUUGUGCUUUUUGAUACCCAACUGAUUAUUGAGAAGAAACGCAACGGGGACAAUGAUUUUGUCUGGCACUCUGUUGAUCUGUUCCUUGACUUCAUUAACAUCUUUCGUCACCUCCUUGUUAUUCUCGCUGACAAAAACGAUAAACGCAAGAAGUAGACUACAUAAGAAUGAUGGAAGAUAUUGUCAUGUCAUAUGCAAUGCUUGUGUUAAUAUUUGUGGAUUUUGUCUGGGUUUUUGCACAUCUAUUUUACUUUUUUGAAAUUUUGAAUUAUCUUUAGCUUUAUAAUAGAAAAAGGAAAUUAUCAACAUUAGUGAACCAGUUUGAAACAACAUAUUAAGAAUUUUAAUGGUUUGUGGUAAAAUAUUUUAGAUUUAAAGCAAGUGGUAUCAGAUAUAACAUAAUGUACAAUUAGCAUUUACAAUGUAUUAUAUGGCUAUCUUAGUUGACAAUUCAUACUGAUAUUUAUAUGGACAAACUGUAUUACCAUACAUAAGAAAGACAUUUAGCCUGUUGCAUAUUAAAUAUAUAUAUAUUGCUGCAAGAUUUGUAGGAUUGCAAGUAUGAACCCAGAUUCUGAAUUGAUGUUUAUUAGGCUGGGCACCCUCUGUGCAUGCAACAGAUCACAGGGAGCGGAGAAGGAUUUUCGCUACGACGCAGCGAGUGCCAAGCAUUAGUUAAGAUCUAUCCAGAUUAUCAGAUUUUCUUUGACAAAAAAACUCUUGAAUGCCCAUAUGUAAUGCCAUCAUGACCCUAUUUAGGCUUUAUAGAAAAUGCCAUUUUGAAUUUACUUACAUGUAAAUUGGUAGAUUUUGUUCGCUAACUGUGACAAGAUUUUUGUCAAUGAGAAGUGUGAUUGUUAUAUGUUAGUUAUUUCUAAAAAAAACAAAGCAAGUCAUUUCACAAUGAUUUAUUUAAUAUUCAAGUUGUUUAUUAUUAAUAAUAGAUAGUGAAUACAAUUAAUUAUUCAUGAAUCAACACAAUUUUGCUCAAAAUAAUUUAAUUCAGCAACAACAUAGGCCUACUUUCUACUAUUCAUAAUUUGUCAAGUCAAUAAAAUAUAUUAAAUAUAUUAAAUUGUUAAAACAAUUUCUCAUCAGAUAUUGCAGUUCAUUUAUCACAGUCCAAUACUUUGUAGGACAUCUUUGGUCGAAAAGGUUUAUGAAUAAAUUAAUAAAUAGUAGUAGAAAAA